AUGAAUUAGGAUUGACAUUGAGAAUGCUUCCGAUGGCAGAUAAAGCUCAGGAAAUUCUCGAUACCAAUGUCAUUGAUGAGAAUACAGACCCCGCAGUAUUGAACACAGCAUUGAUGCUUGCAUCGUGGAACUCAGACAUUCAAAGUGUUCAAAACAUUCUUCAAACCUACAAAGCUGACCCGAAUUUCAGAGAUCUAAAAGGUAGAACUCCUUUGCAUCUUUGUUGCAUAAAUGGAGAGCCUUCGAUAGCAAAACUCCUGCUUCGACACAAUGCAAAGGCUCACGUAUGGGACAGCACGGAAAAAAUUACACCACUACAUUGUGCAGCAAAUGCCGGAAGUAGUGAGUGCUGUUUGUUGCUUUUAAAAAAUGGAGCUCAAAUCAACGCUGGAAUCGAGAAGAAAUCUGCUUUGGCGUACGCAGUUCAAAAAAAUGCCGUUGUUAAAAUCCUCUUGCAAUAUGGCGCAAAUCCAAAUACACCACAAGUAUACACAGAGACACCUCUCCAUGUGGCCGCAACGUAUGGCCAUGUAGAAAGUAUGAGAUUACUACUCGAUUACGGAGCUGCAGUAGGCUCUCAAUUUGGAAGACGAAGACUAACAGCUUUACAUUUAGCAGCAGAGGAAGAUUUUUACGAAUGCGUUAAAUUACUUCUGGAUGCUGGAGCAAACAUAAAUUCUUUGAACGUAGAUGAUCAAACGCCACUACACAUGGCAUGUUUAUCUCAAGCUGUGAAGACUGUUGAAGUAUUAAUUGAACGUGGAGCCAAUGUUCACUCCAUUUAUAAAGAUGGUCGAACAACUUUACAUGCAGCCAUUGUAAAGGAAUCUAGAUUUUGGGAUUGUGCCCGUUUAUUGCUCGAAGCUCAAGUAGAUCCCAAUAGAGCUGAUCACUUUGGAUACAGUCCUUUGCAUAUAGCAGCUCUGAAUGAAUUUUCAUCAUGCGUAAUGUUGUUACUCGAUUAUGGAGCUGACAUUACUGCAAGAACAAAUGGUGGAAUUUCCGCUCUCAACUUCAUUGUUCGACGUACUCCGGAAGUGAUACCAAAAUAUGUAGCCAAAUUCGACUCUGCUGUAAAAGUGAAUGAUCAUGAGAUAGGAGAUGUGGAUUGUGAAAUUAAAUUAGAUUUUCGUAUAUUGGUUCCGAAUUAUGAAAGAGGAGAAACUGAACUUUUAUUGGCUUUUAUAGAAGCUAAUUUAAAGCAUGUUUUAAAACAUCCAUUGAGCGAGACGUUUCUAUUCCUCAAAUGGAGACGAAUCAGGAAAUUCUUUCUGUUUUCAUUGUUUUAUCACUUUGUAUUUGUCUUAAUGUUUACCAUAUACAUACUUGGUGUAUAUGUAAGGGACUGUGACCGAGAUGACGAUAUCACUGAUGAUGAAACGGACUGUCGUGCCCCAACGUACAUUGUGCCAGUGGGAUAUAUUGUAAUACUGCUUAAUAUGAUUUUACUGAUGAAGGAACUUUUUCAAAUGGCUCAUGGAUUUAACAGCUAUGUACAUUAUUGGGAGAAUUGGUUGCAGUGGCUUAUCAUUCUUGGCGUUUUUUCUUGUUCGAAUCCUCAUAAGUUACUUUCACUGUAUGAUAUAUCAUUGAUCCCAAUGUGGCAGCAUCACAUCGCGGCAAUCGUUAUAUGGCUCGUGUGGCUUGAGCUCAUGUUGAUAGUUGGAAGGUUCCCUAUAUUUGGGCUUUAUAUACAAAUGUUUCAAACAGUUGCGAUAAAUUUUUCAAAGUUCUUGAUAGCUUAUAGUUGUCUGUUUUUCGGAUAUUGCUUAUCGCUAUGUGUUUUGUUUCCAAACUAUCCUGCUUUUGAAAAUGUUCCAUGGGCUUUGUUGAAAACAGUCAUCAUGAUGUCUGGAGAAUUGGAAUUUGAAGAUAUUUUCUACAGCGAUGAUGAAAAAACAAAGGCACCUGAUGAUGAUCCACAAGUAAAGUAUCCCGUAACGUCACACAUUGUGUUCUUUUCAUUCGUUUUGUUGAUUACAAUAAUACUUACAAACUUGAUGGUUGGUUUGGCUGUCAGUGAUAUCCAAGGACUACAGGACUCUGCUGGUCUAGAUCGACUAAGUCGUCAGGCAGAGCUUGUGUCUCGUCUAGAAAGUUUUCUGUUUUCAAAACUACUGAAGAAAGCUCCAAGCAAAAUCUUAAGAUGGUGUCAACAAAAAUCAUUAUUGAGAACCAGUAGAUAUCAUUUGCAAUUUAAUAUUAAGCCCAAUGAUCCGAGAGAGAAACGAAUUCCACGUGAAAUUAUCAACUCAAUUUAUAAAUUGGUAGCCGAACGUCGUGACAGAAAUCAAAGUUUGAAACGCCGCAAACGUAGAAACAACCUGAACCUGUUCAACGAAUACGAAGAUUCUCUCAAAAAUACCUACAGCGAAAUCGAGUUACGACAACAGCCCACCAUUCGCACAUACCGUCAUUUCACUGUAUCAGAAACACCCAAGGGAACACUUCAAAAGCCACUUUUGUAUGAUUCUAGCUCUACACAAUAUUUGAAAACACCAGAAACUCCUGACACGACUACAGUUAGUUUACGUAAACAAGUUAAAAGUAUCAUGGAAACACAAGAUACUAUUCUUAUCAAACUAAACACAAUAUUGAAAGAUAUUAAUUUAAUCAAAAACUAUAAACCAUAACCUAAUCAAUAUGUAUGAUGAUGAUUAUAUGACAUAGCCAGAAAUCAAAGGAAGAUCUUCAAGAUCACCUAUCGCAGUAGUUUAUGUAAUAAAGCAUUAAUAAAUUAUUUCAUUAAGAAACAUUUUUUUAAAACACGCGAAUCCCUAGUGAGUUAUCUAUUAUUGAUAGUUUAACUAAUAUUUUGCUAGUGAUUUUUUUUCAUAUUGAAUCAGUUAUCAUUUGUAUCUUACGAU